AUGGAAACAAGCGAGAAUGAUGCAAGUGAUGGCUACGCCUGUACGAGUCGAGUUGAAGGUGUGCCAUAUACCCCGAAAGAAUUGGCAAAUUUCAGAUCAACACUACGAGCAAAAAACAAGUAUACUGAUAUGCAGGAUACCAUGGCAUACUUUGAGGCCACGAAGUUGCGAGACAAGGAUUUCUACUACCGAUACAAACUGGAUGAUGAGGACCGUGUCCAAUACUUGUUUUGGGUAGAUAGUGCUGCAAGAAAAGCAUACAAGUCCUUCAAUGACUGUGUAUCUUUCGACGCAACAUACAUGACAAACAAAUACAAAAUGCCUUUCGCACCAUUCAUUGGAAUAAACAAUCAUGGGCAUGAGAAAAUUGCAGCUCAGUAUAAAAAAAGAAGCAACUGGGUCCCUGCAUACUUUAUGCACAAGUUCUAUCCUUUCCUACAGACAACUCAGCGUAGUGAAGGCUUCAAUGCAGUUCUGAAAAAGUACAUAACUUCCACAAACUCGGUGAUUGAGUUCGUUCAGCAGUACGAAGAUAUCCAAGCAAAAAUUAUGAAAGCAGAGAACAAGGAAGAAUCAGAUUCAUCCCUCCUAACGGCUAAAAAGUGGUGUUGGCACCCAAUAGAGCAGCAGGUGGAAAAACUGUACACCAAAAACAUCUAUCAUAGAUUUCAGUUUGAAAUGCAGUCCAGCAUGUCAUAUAACAUAAAACCGAUAGGUGAAAACAGAUAUGAGGUUUACUGCAUAACAAAAUUUGUUCCACAGUACCACAACAGAGCCUAUGAAGUCUAUGCUGAUCCUCCCAAUGAGAAUUACAGAUGCACAUGCUGCAAGUUUGAAAGGGAUGGCAUAGUCUGUUGUCACAUUCUCAAGGCAAUGGUGCAGCUAGGAGUCUGUGAGUUCCCACUGAAAUAUGUCCUCCGCAGAUGGACAUGGAGUGCACAAGAAAAUCUAGUUGAAGAGCUUCCUGGACAACCAGCUGUUAUGCCAGAAGAAUCAAGAAAGAAAAUGUGGCUUUCGGUAAAUUGCAACGAGUUCAAAGGUCUUGCAAUGUGUGGGAAUGAAACAGAAGAUGGCCGGAAAAUAGUUCGCAUGCACAUGAAAGCUAUGAAAAAAGACUUGGCAGCACUAAAAAGAGAAACAGAAAGAGAGCUAAAAAAGUAG